UUAGGUGCAGUUGAUAUGAAUCUGGCUGGGAGUCCCAAAGACUCAGAACUGAACAUAGACGUUCAUAUCGACCUAACACAGUUUUAGUUUUUAUUUCAUUUUUGUCUCAUAUUAUUUUUUUUACAUUAGCUGUACAUUUGUGUAUAUAGAUUUUAUUUUAUAUUUUUAUACAAGUCAACAAGAUGGAACUUAAUUCUCUUUUAAUUCUCCUGGAGGCUGCAGAAUACUUGGAAAGAAGAGACAGAGAAGCAGAACAUGGUUACGCGUCUGUUUUACCGUACAAUAGCGACUUUUCCCGAAAGAAAACGAAAGCUUCACCAAUUACAAGAAAAACUCAGAACAAUAGAUCGUCACACAACGAGCUGGAGAAACACAGACGUGCCAAACUACGGCUGUACCUUGAGCAGCUGAAGGAGCUGGUUCCUUUGGGUCCGGACAGCACUAGACACACCACACUGAGCCUGCUGAAAAGGGCCAAGAUGCACAUCAAGAAGCUGGAGGAGGCGGACCGAAAGGCUCUGAACACCAAAGAGCAGCUCCAGAGAGAGCACCGCUACCUCAAACGACGUCUGGAACAGCUGGUGAUGCCUGGAGGCGUGGAACGUACCCGAACCGACAGCCUAGGCUCCACCAUCUCCACCGACUCAGAGCAAGAGGUGGACAUUGAAGGCAUGGAGUCCCCCCUGGGCGAGGGUGAGCUUGGCGAGGGCGAGGGGGACAGCGUGGACGAGAGCAUCAGUGACGACGGCCUCCUGGACGGCGAGGAGGAGGAGGACUACAACCUGCAGAGCAGCUCCAGCGACGCCAGCUACACACAGCAUUCCUCCCACAGACUGCAGCCGCACCACUGCUAGGGGCCACCAGGGGGCCCCUGAGGGCCACACCUCCAAUCAGCCCUCUAUGACCCCAGCCCCGCGUACCCUCCUAUUCCCUUCCUACCCCCCCUAACAUUGCCCCAGCACGCACCUCCUCCAGCCCACGCUACGCGGUCAUCAGCCAUCCCCCCAUCAAACAGCGGCUGUGGUCUCCCCCUCCCCAAUGUCCCCAUUGGAGUUUAUUCCUUGGAACCAGGAAGUAGACUGUAGACGUUCCUGUCGUGGCUGACUUCCUGACUUUUUCCUCUCCUAACCCCUACACCACACCCUACCUCACCCCUAUCCUAUCACCCCUUAUCCCGCUUAUCUUGCCUAACCUGACCCCCAGACCUCCCUCACCUCUACCUGUUGUUGUGGCUGCAGGCUCGGAUAUAGCAGAGCAGUUUGUGGUUUUGUUGGGGACCUCUGUGGUGUGGUGGCAGACAGCUUUGACUUGUCAAUGGGAACUCAGCGUGUGUGUUGAACUGUGUGUGUGUUUGUGUGUGUGUGCGUGUGUGUGUGUGUGUAUGUGUGUGUGUGCGUGUGCGUGCGUGUGUGGCAUAGUUGCGUGUGCGUGUGCGUGUGUGCGUGUGUGCGUGUGGUAUAGGAUAGAGCAUUAGCUGGGGACAAACUUCAACUCCGUCAUUUGAAUGAGGCACAAUUUCUGAUGGAGAAAAAAAAUAACGUUCUAUUGGAAUGUUCCAUUGGAGUGUUCUAUUGGAGUGUUCUAUUGGAAUGUUCUAUUGGAGUGUUCUAUUGGAAUGUUCUAUUGGAGUGUUCUAUUGGAGUGUUCUAUUGGAGUGUUCUAUUGGAGUGUUCUAUUGGAAUGUUCUAUUGGAGUGUUCUAUUGGAGUGUUCUAUUGGAGUGUUCUAUUGGAGUGUUCUAUUGGAAUGUUCUAUUGGAGUGUUCUAUUGGAGUGUUCUAUUGGAGUGUUCUAUUGGA